ACGGCGUCGUAUUCGCCGCACCUCCGACUUCUUCUUCAUUACUGUUUCGUUCGCUUUCUUUGUUCAUUCUCCUCGGCGAUCUUCAGUUCCCAAGCACCAAUUUCUAAUUCCUCUUCGCAAGGUGUAGAGAAGUUGGAAUAUGGAAGAAGUUCUUCUGGCAGUUCUGUCAAUGCUGCUUGUUGCUGCAUUGGUUCCUCUGUUUCUGUGGCGGCGCUAUCAGGAUUCUCGCUCUGCUCAUGCACAUGAAGAUGAGGAUCAGGUUCCUCAGAGGGAAACUGCGGUUCGCGCCGCUGGUGGUGGCCGUCGUAUGCGUCGUAGACCUGCUUCGGCUGCUAGUUCCUCGAACGCGGGGGCAUCUCUGGAAGAAAGUGCUGAUGGAAGUGAUGAUGAAAUCGCUGCGGAUGAAUACCAUGAUGGAAGAGUAUCGAAGAAGAAAGAAAAGAAGCGACAAGAGCGUGAGGCACAAAGACAGGCUGAACAAGCUUCCCGUGACUCAAGGGUGACAAAAAAAGACCGUUAUGAAGAAAUUCGGAGGAAGAAAGAUGAGGAGCGUGAGGAACAGGAACGAUUACUGGAAGAAGAAGCCAAAGCACGGAAGGCCAAGGAGGAAGAAGCUGCUGCACUUGAGUUUGAGAAGUGGAAAGGGGAUUUUUCAGUUGAUGCUGAAGGUACAACUGAAGCUGAAGUGGAAGGUGGAAAUCAAGAUUUGGUCUCUGCUUUUGUGGACUAUAUAAAGUGUCAUAAAUGUGUCCCAUUGGAAGAUCUUGCUGCAGAAUUUAAGCUCAGAACUCAGGAAUGUAUUAAUCGGAUCACCUCCCUGGAGAGUAUGGGUCGACUUUCUGGUGUUAUGGACGAUAGAGGGAAAUAUAUAUACAUAUCAAAGGAAGAAAUGCAAGCAGUUGCUGAGUACAUCCAGCGUCAGGGUAGAGUUAGCAUUUCACAUCUAGCUAGUAAGUCCAACCAGUUCAUUGAUUUAGAACCAAAAGUCCAAUUGGUUGAGGAAAUGAAUGUUGAAGAGAUAACUGUAUCCUAAUAUACUUACUAAUUGUGGGGAAGAAUGUUACAUCAAGCAACAACUAGUAUAUAAUUUAGACAACAACCGACGAUAGCGUGUGGGGGUGUCGAUUAUGUAAAAUCCCUCUCUGCAGGUUCUUGAGCUGCUCUUCUUGUUGUAUUAUUUUCAUGCCCUGCAUUUAGCUUGAAUUCACAUCAUUCCCAGAAAUAGAAAGAAGUUUGAUCUGACAAACCUUUUUUUGUUUUUGUUCUUGGUUGAGACCUGAAGGCAUUGAUAUUUUCUAGAGUUUGUUUAGGAACAAUGGUGUGAUGAUGUCUGGAUAUAUGUGAGCAUUUUAAUAGACAGACAAUUUUGUUGCCCUGGAACAUUCCC